AUGAACCCCCCAGAAGCAAGUCACAUGGGAGGCGUGUGGGAGCGACAGAUACGGACAGUAAGAAAUGUCCUGAAUACUGUGCUAGCAAGAGCACAUUCUCGUAUUGAUACUUCAUCACUGCGUACCUUUUUCUACGAAGUCAUGGCCAUAGUCAAUAGCAGACCGCUUUCUACACUCACUAUUGGAGAUCCAACAGAACCAUGUCCAAUCACACCUAAUCAUCUCCUGACGAUGAAGUCCAGUGUAGUGUUGCCGCCACCUGGCAACUUUCAGCCGGAGGACCUCUAUGCUCGCAAACGAUGGCGAAGAGUUCAAACCUUAGCGAAUGAGUUCUGGACUCGUUGGAAGAACGAAUAUCUGAGAAAUAUACAACAACGCCAAAAGUGGCAGAAAACUCAACGGUCUGUUCAGAUCGGAGACAUCGGUAUUGUCCACGACAGUGACCAACCCCGUUGUCACUGGAGCCUGGCAAUGGUAGACGAGACAACUAAAGACAAGGAUGGCCUGGUCAGAAAGGUAAAGCUUCGCAUCGGAACGACUGAUGUCACAAAGGAUGGCAGACGUCUGGGGAAAGCUAAAUACCUUGAUCGACCAAUUCACAAAUUGACUGUGCUGGUAGAAGCUGCACAGCAAUAG